AUGCUGUUGAAUUCCACCUUCGGUCGCACGUUCCUUUUCCUCACAAACCUCGCGUGGAAGAAUCGGGUCGCCCUGCCCGCCCUGAUUAUGGUCGGUUGCAUGGUGCUGAACUAUCGCGGCGAGAUCGAAAUUAACAUCCACACGGAGCGGAUCGCGCUGCACGAUUUGCCACACCGGCAGCAGCAGCAGCAGCUGCAGCGCGGUGGUGGCGGCCCUUUCGGUGACAUUCAGAUCGACGAUCUGGACGGUUCGUACGAGGAGUACGACGUGGACGAUGAUCUGUGGGAUGACUACGAGACGGACGACGACGACAACGAGUACUUUAGCAGCUACGACGAGGAGGAGGACGAUGAGGACGACGAGGACGGCGAGUACGAUGAGGACGAGGACGAGGACGGUGGUGAGCUGGGAGAAAGGAUGCUGAAUGGCACGAUACGGCUGAACUGGUACACGACGGUCAAUAUUCACAAUGCACGGCGAUAG